GGUGUUCAACAUGGCUCUGCGGACAGAGCACGACAAGGGAGGUAAUCUUCAUAAAUAUUUAGACAUUGGAGGGAAAAGAUUUCCACUUGUUAUCAAGGAAGAUAUUAUCAGAAAUAUCCCUAACGUUAAGUUACGGGAAGAUGACGUCAUCAUUUGUGGAUACCCCAGAUCAGGAACACACUGGACCUUUGAAUUGACUUCGAUGCUUCUGAUUGGUCGAGACGAGACCGUUCCUGUGUGGAAAGGAAAGGCGAUGCUCUCUCAAGUUAAGGAACGUGACCUUGACCUUGUUUCGUCCCCCCGGGUUCUCAACACGCACUUGUUUUACGAGGACCUCCCGAGAGAUGUCAUCACCCUGCGGAACAAGAUUGUGUACGUGUUGCGCGACCCCCGGGACGUGGCUGUGUCGUUCUACCACUUCUACAUCGCCAACAAGGCAGGGAUGGGCUACGACGGAACCUGGGGAGACUUCCUGGAGCUCUUCAUAAACGGGAAAGUUCAGUGGGGCUCCUGGUGUGAGCAUGUGAAGAACUUUGAGGAGGUCAUCAAGACAAAGAGACAUGACCAGCAGAUCCUGGUGAUGAACUACGAGGACACCAAGCAGAAUCCUACAGAAUCUGUUAAGAGGCUGUCAGAUUUUCUCGGGUUGUCUCGGAAUGACGAAUUGUGCUCCCGGAUCGCCGAAAAAUGUGGAUUCAAGAACAUGGCAGUGGACAAACUGAAUUAUACACUUCUUUCCGACAACCGGGACAUCAUUUACAGGAAAGGGGUGGUGGGAGACUGGAAGAACAUAUUCACCGUGGCCCAGAGUGAGAUGUUUGACAGACUUCUAGCACACAACAUGGCGGACUCAGAGCUCGUUAAGAGAUACAUCACUGAACCCUCUUCUUUGAGGGUUUAAAACCUGUAGACCUGUCUGAGGAUGUGUCGGGUACUAUUAUUUUUGUUCUUGUUUGUUUGUUGUUUAACGCCGCACUCAGCAAUAUUUCAGCUAUAUGACGGCGGUCUGUUAAUAAUCGAGUCUAAAGCAGAUUGACAUCAUGAGCAUCGAUCCACGCAAUAGGGAUAGAUGUAUAGCUGGGGGUCCUUACGAUAAGGUGCCAGCAGCAACUCAUUCUAUUAUCUAUUAUCUAUUAAAUAAGGGAAUUCUAUUUUCUGUAUAUUCUCUUGACAACACAUUGAAAUGUAUAUCUUUUGUGUUUUG